AUGAGAAAAAUAAUCAUAUACUUAUUGAUGACGAUCACAAUUGGGUGUUACAAAGUUGAAGGAAGAGAACCUAUACUUCACAGGGUAGGAGGAGGAAGAUAUACUUGGACACCAAAAACUAACUUCACACAGUGGGCAAGUUAUGAACACUUCUACAAGGGUGAUUGGCUAUAUUUUGGUUUUGAUAAGAGUCUACACAAUGUUUUGGAGGUGAACAAAACAAAUUAUGAGAAUUGUAUUGAUACAAAUUUCAUACAAAAUAUCACAAAAGGGGGGAGAGAUGUUGUUCAACUUUUAGAAGCAAGAACAUAUUAUUUUCUUUGUGGAAGAGGCUUUUGCUUUGAGGGAAUGAAGAUAGCCAUAAAUGUUGAGGAACCCACCUUCAAACCAUCACCCUCAGCACUAUCCAACAAAGCCCUUCAUUCAAGUAGCAUCAUAAAUACUAAACUCAUUUUGUUUUUGGUCACUGUUUUGUGGUGGCCUUCCUUAUCGGUGUGGGUGUGGCGGUCAUUGGCUGUUUUCGUUGUUGGUGUGUUCGUCUUGCGAAAUGACGACUUCUUCGACGAGGUUGACGGUUCGUCACUCAGUUUCGACAAAGUUCAUAUCUAG